AUGAAUGAGAAGGCGGACAGCGACAGUGUGAAGAGCCAUUCUGGCGACGAGGAGAGACACAUCGGGAAUGUGGGCAACAAGCAUGAACAAGAUGCGUUCAAUGCUUUGCAUGAUCCCGAUGCUGGCAAGAGCGACGAGGAGAGGGCGAGGAUUGACAAGAAGCUCGUCCGCCGUCUCGACCUAAUGCUCAUCCCAUGGCUAUCCUUCCUCUACCUCGUGAGCUUCCUAGACCGCACAAACAUCGGCAACGCCAAAAUCGACGGCCUCAUCAAAGACCUCAACAUGACGAGCGGCGAGUACAACGCCUGCCUCUCCCUCUUCUUCGUCAGCUACGCGGGCUUCGAGCCGCUCACGAACAUUUUGCUCAAACGCCUGCGGCCUAGCGUCUUCAUCCCGUUGAUCAUGGUCCUGUGGGGUAUCUGCAUGUGCUGUAUGGGGCUUGUGCACAAUUUCAGUGGACUGGCGGCGGCGCGGUUCUUUUUGGGUGUAGCUGAGGCUGGGUUGUUUCCCGCCGCUCUCGCAGGCUCCUUCGGUGGCCUCCUCGCCGCAGCCAUAGCACUCAUGGACGGCAUCGGCGGCAAAGACGGCUGGUCCUGGAUCUUCAUCCUCGAAGGCCUCGCCACUGUCUUGAUCGGCAUCGUCUCGUACUGGAUGGUCCACGACUUCCCCGACGACGCCCGCUUCCUCAGCGACGACGACCGCGCCCGCGUCAUCCGCCGCCUGAAAUCCGACCGCCAGUCCUCCGCCGAGCACGAAGAGUUUAAAAUGUCCUACUUCUGGGCCUCAGCCAAGGACUGGAAGACCUGGGCUUUCGCCGUCGUCUACAUGGGUUGCGACGGGCCCCUCUACGCCUUUAGCCUCUUCCUGCCCACUAUCAUUGAAGACUUGGGAUACGAGAGCAGCACUACUGCUAACCUCCUCAGCGUCCCGCCUUAUGCUGCAGCAGCCAUCCUCACCAUCACCAUAGGGUGGUACGCCGACCGCACGCGCUUACGAGGCUGGUGCAACAUCUGCGUCUCCGUCCUCGGCAUCAUCGGCUUCAGCAUGCUGCUGGGCAGCACCGACCCGGGCGUCAAAUAUGCCGGAACCUUCUUGGGAGCGUUGGGGAUCUACCCUUGCAUCGCCAACACGAUCGUCUGGUGCGCGAACAACGUCGAGGGCGUGUAUAAGCGCGGCGUGACGCUGGGGUUCGUGAUUGGGUGGGGGAAUUUGAACGGGAUUAUGUCGAGUAAUGUGUAUUUGCCUGGGGAUAGUCCGAAUUACCGGCCUGGACAUGGUGUCGUGUUGGGAUAUCUGGCAUUAUUCCUCUUUGGAGGAAGCAUCUUCACGCACUUCAUGCUGAUCGGGGAGAACAAGAAGCGCGAGUCCGGGAAGCGGGAUAAUUGGAUCGCGGGCAAGAGCGACAGUGAGAUUGAGCUGUUGGGUGAUAAGAGGCCGGAUUUCUUAUACACUACUUAG